ACUGGGGCGCAGGCGCGCGCGCUCACUGUGACGGGGCUCGGGUGCCAGCUUGUGGGUACCUCCCAGGGAAGGCAUUGAUCUCCCUCCCUCUCUGCAAGAUGGUGAGUGAAGGGCGGUGGGCGGUCUGCUUCUGCCGAAUUCUCCCCGUCGCAGAAAAGAGGAGACUUCCUGGGUGGGUUUCGGGUGACCAGUGGAGACUUCCUGGGCAGCUCUUUGGAAAAGUCAAGAGCAGACUCCGCUGCCGCCUUGUGAUGUGCCACACCCGGCCGGCUUCUGCGCGCCCCGGGGUCCGGGAUCGAAGGAUGUGGCUGAGGGGCCCAUUGCAUUCACCAGCUCUUUUCUUUUGCUGUUCAGCUUCUCUCUGAUCGCCUUUCCAUGGCCGUCCUCUUGGCACGCGGGUUCCGGGGCCUCUUGCAUUGUUUACAGCAUCAUCCCCAUCUCCGUGAUGUGACCAUCUUUCUGGUCCCAUAUAAGAACAGGCGCACUGCUCAUGAUGCGCAACGCUCUCACCUGCAUGCAUUCCUGCUUGAUACAUUUUGUACUCCCAGGAGCUCAUUUCCCCCCAACAUCACAAUGGGGCAGGGUCUGUUGACAGAGUGGCUUUCUGUUGCAUUGUAUUUGUUGGCAGAGUGGGGUCUGCGUUUGUGGCUCCUAGUGUCCAAACCCACGACUUUUGCCCCUGCACAACAUUUGGCCCUUCAGUGUACUUUGUAUAGAAUUCUGCGAAAUGUCUAGAUUCGGGACUGCUUGCAUGUAUAUAUUAUUUUAUUAAAAUCAUUUUAGCUCUCUUUUCCGUCAAAAGGUCUCUCCAAGGCAUGUUGUUGGCACCCAAAACUAUUUAUAAGAUGAUGCAUGUGGGUUGCUUAAAAGACCCCAUCAAUGGCCUACUAGUAGCAGCAAGUAUGUUCUUCCUGUACUGUCAGAGGCAGUGUUCCUGGGAAUCACAAGUGUGGAGAGUGCUGAGUUCUCAGGUUUAUUUGCAGGCUUCCUGUUGAGACAUCUCAUUGACCACUGUGAGAAUAGGAUGCUGAACUAGAUAGGCCAUUGGUUCCUGAUCCAGUAGAGCUUGUCAUAUGUUCUUGAAUUGAUUGAUUGAUUAUUUUUCUGUGCCGCUUUUCAUUCAGAUGAAUCCCAAAGCGGCUUACAAACGACAGUAAUGUGACAGAACAUAAUAGAGCAUCAUAAAUACAGCAUAAAUCAUAUAGAAUAAGCACACCAAAUACAGAAAUACACAGUAUUGCAUUACUAUUGCCUGUUGGCCAUGUACAUAGAAGGCAAUGCAUAGGUGGUUCCAUGGUGCAUACAUAUUUGCAUUUAUAGUCCACCUUUUCUCCAUCAUGGAACCCAAGACUGUCAACAUGUCCUUCCCAAGCAGCCACUGGUCAAAACCUUUACAGUUCCAGCAUGGUGGUGGCCUCAUGUACCAUAUUUACUCGAGUCUAAUGUGCCAUCAAAUCUAAUGCACACCUCAAUGUUCAGAACUUUGAAACAAAAACAAAAUGCUGGCAAAUGUAAAUAUGCCAUCAAAUCUAAUGCACACCUUAAUUUCUGCAACAUAAUUUGGCCAAAAAAGGUGACCAUUAGAUUCGAGUAAAUGCGGUAUUUCAAGUGUGGGCACACCAUACAUUUGAAAUAUGAUAUUGAACCUUGUGUUCCCCUAUCACUUCCACUAUAAUAGCAAACUCAUGAGCUGAAUGCUGCUAGCAUUGUAGCCAAAACUGACAAUGAAGAGGGGAAGCAUCAGCCUCUGCAGGGAACCCCCUCCCCCUUCCCUGCCAGGUUUGCAGAAGUUUGAAAAAUAUAUAACCUCAUUUUAUGGUUGAGCAUGGGGCAAUGGGCCUGUUACCACAUAUUCAGAUUGCAUAUACUGUAGAACUAAACAUUUUUUACUUGAUCAUGGUCAGGACUUGUCUAGUUUGGAUUUUCUGCUGUGGAUUUUGAUUGCUCCAGGCCACUUUACUUGUUUCCUUAAUCACUGGUGCCUCUCCAUGUGGUUGUGGUCAUGGCCCUCCUGGCUGCAGAGAUGAAGUAGUCUCCCUAAUAACAGGUCUGGCCUUGUCUAGGCAAAAUGAUCUGCAGGCAGAAACCUCUGGUGGGUACCUUUGACACAGUUUUGUCAAAAUAACAAAAGUAUAUCAUGGCACCUGAAAGACCUAACUAAUUUAUUAUAGUAUAAGUCCACAUUAUCAGAUGCAUUGCAUUAUCCUGAGUUGCAGGUGUGUGUGUGUGUGUAUAUAUAUAUAUAUGUAUAUAUAGAUAUUUAUACAUAUAUAUGUGUGUGUGUGUGUGUGUGUGUGUGUGUUUAACAUAAUUAAUAUAACUCUCUAAGUAAUUUAGACAAAACAAUAAAGCAUGCAUAUUUAAAAAAAGCAAAAUCAAACUUUAAAAUCAAGAAGACAGAAGACUUAUUAAAAUUUGGGCAAAUUCAGCACUUUUAUGUGUAAUAAAAAUCCUUAUCUAGGUCGACAUGCCUAAACAAAACAAAAAAGAGCAUUUAAAUAUAUAUGUGGGGAUGUUUGUUUGUACGACCAGGGCCUGGGAAACAUAGCUGUCAACGUUUCCCUUUUUUAAAGGGAAUUUCCCUUAUUCUGAAUAGGAUUCCUCGCAAGAAAAGGGAAAAGUUGACACCUAUGCUGGGAAACCAAAGUUCAAUUCCCCACUUAGUUACGAAGUUCGAUGGGUGACCUUGAGCCAGUCCGUUUCUAACCCUAACCUACCUCUUAGGAUCAUCUACAUGCCAUUGCUGCUGAACCAUGAAACCUUUUAAAUGACACCUCUUGGCUUGCCAUAGCAGCAUUUAAAUAUUUGCACUGUGCUUCCCAGGUUGCAUUCUGCAAGAUAUUUUCCAGCAUAAAAAUGAUUUCCAUAUAGGAAGUGAUGUGUGAAGAGGCCUUUGUUGUAACAUGAGAGGGGGAGACUUCUGUGCAAUAUGCGCCAGGAUUUCACCCCUAUCAUUGCACUGCCUUGUGUAACGUCUGAGCCUGAUAAGCAAAGCCACUGAAACAGAUAAGCGGAACCAGUUUCUGGCUUCCCAGGACUUAUUGCCAGAUGAUGGGAGGAAAAUUGUGGCCUUAAGAAAAGCUUAAGCAGACUUUGAUGAUAUGGUGGUGCUGGAGAGAGCUGUGCUUUUGUGCUUGGAGCACAAGACGUACCUCUCCGAAUCCUCUUACCCCUCCAGUCUUUCCAGAUGUCUUAUUACACAGCAUUAUUGGAAAACAAAUUGCAUCUUUCAAGAUACGCUUGCAUAUUUUCUUUUUCUUCCAGGCUGAGGUAGAAGAAACCCUUAAGCGAAUUCAGAGUCAAAAGGGGGUCCAAGGAAUCAUUAUUGUUAAUUCAGAAGGUAUUGUGCAAUUACGGUUGUUGUUGGUGAAAGCCACUCUUUUAGGCCCUGAUGCUCUAUUGACAUACUAAAUUUAUCCUGAUUGUGCAAUAAAUUUAAUAAUAAAUGUUCUUGUGUGGGAGGGGGUUAUUAGUUUGUUUUUGUUUUAUUAAGUAUAUGUGAACCGUCACAUGCUGUGAUGAAUGGGGCCAGAGGGAAAAGUGGGUGGAGCAAUGAAUGUAGAUUUCACCUUUGCACAGUAUAUUGGUUUCUUUAGCCUUCAUCCAGGCAAGGAAGAUGCAUUAUCAGAACUCAGGGAUACCUUCUCGCCAGGCAGAAAUAUUCAAGGUGUGGAAUGGAGCCAGUGAGGGGUGUGGCUUGGGAAAAGGUUGUACAGUCUGGGGAGAAUUCCAGGAGCCAGACAGAGUUUUCCAUGGGCUACAUAACACACUUGGGUUAGAGAAACCCACUUGCAUGUUAGAAAUGUCUGCUGUGAUGCUAAGGCUACAAUCCUAUGCAUGUUUAUAUGGGAGUAAGUCCCAGUGAAAUCAAAAGGCAUAGUACAUAUCUUUAAGGAUGUGCUGUACCUUUGAUAAUGAAUUUAGCAGUGCUUGUGGCCAAUUAAUUUUGCAUCUUCCUCUACAAAUUGGGAUGGUGUAAUACUGCUGAAUGUCUGCCUGUGUGCCUGUUCCUAAAAUGUUACUUGUGAUCUGCAAGGCCCUAUUAACAGUGGUGGAGAACUUCGCUGUAAUUACCUGCCCUUUACUGUAAGAUUACAGGUUACAACAAUGAAAACACAACAUUAAAAACAACUUACAAUCUCCAAAAAAUAAGGUGGGUCCUGAAAAUAUACAUCUCAGGUGUCAAAAGGCCAGGGUAAAUAGGUGUGUCGUCAGAUUUCUGAAGCACGGUUCCCCCAACCCUUACUACCUUGAGAAACUCCAGAAGGAUACUGUGAUCAACAGUAUCGAAAGUGGCCGAGAAAUGGAGGAGAAUGAGCAGGGUUACAUUGCCCUCUUCUUUCUCCCACCAAACAUCAGCAACUGGGGCGACCAAGGCAGUUUCAGUGCCAUGACCAGGCCUGAAGCCUGACUGGAAUGGUUCCUAGUAAUCAGCUUCCUCCAAGCAUGCCUGAAGCUGGACCGCUGCCACCUUCUUGAGAGCUUUGUCCCAAAAGGGGAUAUCUGCCAUUGGGUGAUAGUUGUUUAACACUUCUUGGCCAAGGGGAGGACUUCUUAAGGAGGUGACACACCACACCACCACCUUCUUCAAGGCAGAUGGUACUUACCCUUUCUCCACUGAAGCAUCAGUCGCUUCCUGUACCCACCAUGUCAACUCCCUGUAGCUAGCUCUAAGAAACCAAUAUGGGCAGCAUCAAGUGGGCAGGUGAUCAGCUGCACUUCUUCAAACAGCUUGACCACAUCCUCAAGCUGCAAUAAUCUAAACUGAUUCAGUUUAGAUGGAAGAUGCAGUGUUCUAGGCACUUCCAUUGGACUUGGGGUAACUGUGGCAUCCAAUUUUGUUUGAAUACGAGUGAUUUCCCCCCCUAAAGUGAAUUGCAAAGGAGGGUGUCAGAGCAAUACUGUCUUGGCCAGAUGACAAAAGCUCAUUCGCCACUCAGAAAAGCUUUGCCAUACGGCUACUUGCGGGUGCAGUGGUGGCAAAGAAGUAAGCUUUCUUCACUUGGUAGGCACAAGCGGAAGUCCUUGUACAGGCCUUCUGCAGACAGGGCUGGUUAGGCCCUUAAGUUUCUCAUAUCAUACCAUGUCUUAGCCUAACGUAGCCUAACAGAAUCAUUUUGCACCCUGCAGGCAUUCCCAUCAAAAGCACCAUGGAUAACCCCACCACAGUGCAGUAUGCAGGCUUAAUGCACAACUUAAUAAUGAAGGCAAGGGGGACCGUGCGAGAUAUUGACCCCCAGAAUGACCUCACGUUCUUGCGGAUUCGCUCCAAGAAAAACGAAAUCAUGGUUGCGCCAGGUAAAAUAAACAGGGAAAGCUCUUCUUGGAACAUUCGGAUGCCAAAGUGGAAUUUCAUUAUCUCUAAAUCUAAACUUUUAUAUGGGAUACACUCUUUAAUCUGUACUCCUAUAUAGGAAAUACAGAAAAGUGUGGGUUCUAAAUAGUGGUGAAAGAGUUUUAGAUGGGUUUCCUAUCCAGAUUCAAAUAACAUUGAAGAACUUUAUCACUGAUGGGGUUUUUACAUAUCCUUCACAAUCUUGCAACUUGGUCCUAUUUAUAUUUUACUCCAAAGUCUUCUGAACAACUCUUGAACUUCUUCUACUUCUUCUUGUGCUUUGUAUAUAAGAUGGUCUAGGUGCUGCUGGCUGGUUGUGAUGGGCUUGGUCUUGAAGUGAGACUUCCACUCCUACAGUGUUCUAUCUGUAACUGAGCCUAGAAUGCAUGUGAUUAAAUUAGCACCAACAAUAAAAUACUUUUUAUUUAAAAAAUCCCUCUUUUAUUUCCUUGCAGAUAAGGACUAUUUCCUGAUUGUCGUUCAGAAUCCAACGGAGUGAAAUCCUCUCAAAAUGACCUUCAGUUCCUUAUACUUAAAUGUAUUUUUAUUUAACGUCCAAAAAGCUGUUAGUAAAUAAUUGUUUGUGCCACAUUAAUGUCUGAGAGAGAUUCUGUUUUUAACUGUUAAAUGUAGAUUCAAGGAGUAUCUUCAUAUAACUAAAAUGUAACUAGAUGAAGAAGAAAAGCAAGGAAAUCAGGCUAACUUAAGUGUCAAAGAUUUUUUCCAGAAAAUGUAAUUGUACAGGACUGUUGUCUGAAACCUUUCUAAUCAUAAAUUAGUUUUUCUUUUGCAUCCUUUUUAUUUUGACAUUUAUUUAAAUUUGGAAGAUGCUGUUUCUUCUGAAACUGAUUAAAAGAAUGG